AUGGAGCAGUGCCCGGACUCUCCGGUGCAGGCCGCCGCCAACGGGGGCGCCAAGAGCUCGCUCAAGGCGUGGCCCGGACCGUUGGCACCGCCGAGUCCGGCCGCGCGCGCGGCCCGCCCCGGCGGCACGCCGCAGGUCAGGUUCAAGAUCGCCGCCGCUGCGCCCGCCCGACCCAAGCGAGGUCGGCGCCGGACCGCCUCGUCCUCCUCCCACCUGAGCGACUCCACCUCGCCCGACGACGAGUGCGUGACGCUGGAGCGGCACGCGCCCGACGGCGGCUGGGGCUGGGUGGUGGUUGUGGCCGCCUUCACCAUCAACAUGAUCGCCGACGGCAUCUGCUUCUCCUUCGGCGUGUUCUUCGUGGAGUUUCUGCGCUAUUUCGGCGCCUCCAAAAGCACCACCUCCUGGCUGGGCAGCAUAUUCCUGGCGCUGCCGCUGCUGCUGGGACCGGUGGCCUCUUCGCUGGUGGACAGGUUCGGCUGUCGACGCACCACCGUAGCCGGUGCACUGCUGUCGGCGGCCGGCUUCAUGCUCAGCUACUUCGCAGACUCGAUGGAGCUGCUGUUCUUCACCUUCAGCGUGAUGCCCGGCAUCGGUCUGUCGCUGUGUUACGUCUCAGCCGUGGUGAUCGUGGCCUAUUACUUCGAGCGACGCCGCUCGCUGGCCACGGGCAUCAGCGUCUGCGGCACCGGCGUCGGCACCUUCCUGUUCCCGCCGCUGGUGGAGCUGCUGAUCCAGGAAUACGGGUGGCGGGGCGCGCUGCUGGUCCUGUCCGGCAUAUUUCUCAACAUCGCCGUUUGUGGCAUGCUGAUGCGUGACCUCGACUGGACAAAACACAAAAACAGGGAGCGCUCCAGCCAGUGUACGCUCUCGGCCGACGGCGACUCAGACAGCUUGCGGUCGGAGGCGGAGUCGCUGCCGGACAUCGAGCAGCUGCGCACCGCCCUCCACUCAGGUGACGUCAGCGCGCUGCUGGGCCGGCCGGUCAGCAGUGAGCAGCUGGAGCGGCUGCACAGCUCGGCUUUGCAGCUGCCCACCUGGCUGGCGGACGCCGACGCGCCGCCAGAGGUGUUGAAGACGAUCGAGACGAACCGGCGGCUACAUGAGCUGGUCUCCCGACUGUACCCGCACCUGCUGCUACCGGCCGGGGAGGAGGGCACUCUGCCAGAGAACGGGACCGGCCCGGGCGCGACGGUGGCGCCGCCUGCGCGGCCCGACGCGCCCGACCGGCCCGCGGAGCGGGCGGCGCCGGCCGCGGCCACCAGCCGCCCUCCGAACGGGGAGGCGACGGCUCACCAGGGCCGCUGGCCCUGGCGCCGACUCGGAAGAGCCGCCCAGACAGCGCCGCUGGCCGUGCGGACCACCCGCAGCGUGCCGCACCAGCCGCACAGGGCGGCGCCGCGUCCGCUCUUCACGUGCGAGCCCGAGCCCCCGGCCGCCUGCCUGCGGAACAUGCGGCUCAGACGGUGCGGUCAGUCGUCCAACGAGGUGACGGCGGGGCUGGACAGGCACCCGCCCCCGACCGGCACUGCCGGCCAGGUUGCCCCCGACUGGCACCGCUGGACAAGACACCCGCGGCCGACGCCGCUGGACAGGGCACCCCCGGGCUAG